AUGAAAGGAACGAACACGUCCGCUGAUUUCUUGUUGUUUUAUGUGAAUGGAAAAGAAAUUAUUGAGCGUCACGCUGAACCUGAAUGGACACUUCUUUGGUAUUUAAGAAAUAAACUGAAAUUAACUGGUUCGAAAUUGGGUUGCGGUGAAGGUGGUUGUGGAGCAUGCACAGUUUCAAUUUCGCACUGUAUCGAUAAAAAUACUGGUGAAAUCGAACAUCGCACCAUCAAUGGUUGUUUAGCACCACUAUGUUCCAUCGAUGGAUGUCAUGUAAUUACCGUUGAAGGGUUAGGUUCAACGAAUAAAUCAAAUCUUCAUUCGACACAAACUCGCUUAGCCGAGUUUUACGCAUCACAAUGUGGCUUUUGUACGCCUGGUAUGGUCAUGUCGCUGUACGGAACCGUAACAUCAAAGGAUGCAUCAACCUUAACGAUGGCAGAUAUCGAAGAAUCAUUCGAUGGAAAUCUUUGUCGAUGUACAGGCUAUCGCCCGAUUCUUGAUGCAGCCAAGUCCUUCGCAUGCGAUAUUGAUAAGUUCAACACUGAAAAAUCGUCAUCACCGAACACAUCAACGACAUUUGAUAAAUGUGCGUCGUUUCUUGGUCAAUCUAUUGAUCAAAUUCCAUUCCCGGAGAAGCUUCGUGAUCAUCAACCUCAAUCGAUUCAAAUCAAAGGUUCGUCAAUGGAUUGGUAUCGUCCAAUUACAUUAACUGAAUUGAUUCAUCUUCGACAAAAGUAUCCCGGCAAUGAAUCAAAACUUCUCUUUGGAAACACAUAUGUUCAAUUCGAAAGAAAUAUUCAACAACGUACGUUUCCUCGACUUAUCAGUAUUACGCAUGUCAAGGAGCUGCAAGAAAUGAAACGAACUGAUGAUUUGAUCUACUUGGGAGCUGGUGUGACAUUUACACGAUUGAAAAGUCAAUUGAUGGACUGGAAAGACAAUCCCAUCUGUCUUGCUUUGUUGAAUCAGUUUAAACACUUUGCUUCGACGCAAAUACGAAAUGUCGCUUCACUCGGUGGACACAUCAUUGCUGCUUUACCAAAUUCGGAUAUGAAUCCAGUCCUUGUCGCUGCUGGUGCAUUGCUCGAAUUGCAACAAGCCAACAGCACCGAAGCACGAAUAGUUCCACUAUCUGAAUUCUUUCUUGGUAGAAACCGUGUUAGUAUUGAAGACAAUGAAAUUCUUGUAGCGGUUCGUCUUCCACUCAGAAAGUCUUCUAACGCCUAUUUCAUUCAAUCAUACAAACAAGCUUGUCGUCGUGACGAUUCAAAAGGUGUCGUCAGCGCUGGAUUCCAAGUUGAACUUAAACAAGAGAAUGAUCAAUGGAAAAUCACUCAGAUCUGUUUGGGAUUCGGCGGUGUUGCACCGAAAACAAUUGAAGCAAAAGGUACGCAACAACAAUUGGUUGGAUUGCCAUGGUCAAGAGAGACCAUCAAUCAAGCAUAUGAUUUACUCUUGAAAGAAAUUAUUUUGAACGAAUCGACUCCCGGUGGACAAAUUCAGUACAAACGAACAUUGAUGCAAUCGUUCCUAUUCAAAUUCUAUUCGUAUGUUUCACAGCAAUUGCAUACAUCUACCGUAAAUUUAAACGAAUUUUCUUUCAAUCGAGCUGUUUCUCACGCUCAACAAACGGUUCCUGAACGGCCCGAAUCACAAAAGAUCGUUGGUAGUUCUAUGCCGCAUCAAUCAGCGUAUUUACACACAACUGGCGAAGCGACCUACAUUGCUGAUAUACCAUUACUAGCUGAUACACUUCAUGCCGCACUGAUUCUGAGUAAAAAGGUCAAUGCUCGAAUCAAAAAUAUCAAUACUGAACGAGCAUCGAAAGUUCCGGGAUUUGUUUCAUUUGUAAGCCAUGUUGAUGUUCCUGGUUUGAACAAACCAAAUGGAGUGUUACCCGAUGAAGAAGUUUUCGCCUCGUCGAUUGCGUUAUGUGUUGGUGCAGUUAUUGGUUUGGUUGUUUGUGAAACAGAAGAAUCAGCCGAACUCGCUGCGAGUCUAAUUGAUAUCGAUUAUGAAUGCUUAUCACCAACGAUCUUGUCCAUUGAUGAUGCAAUCGAAUACGGAUCCUAUUUUGACAAUGAGUUUUGUCUUCAACAAGGUAAUGUUGAAAAGAGUUUGAAGGAAAGCGAACACUGCCUACAAGAUGAAUUAUAUAUUGGCGGACAAGAGCAUUUCUACAUGGAAACCAAUGCUUGUAUUGCCAUUCCAUCAAAAGACGAUCAGGAGAUGACACUGCACGUAGCUGUACAAAGUCCAACCGCUGCUCAAGAAUUAGUUGCAUUAGUUCUUGGUCGUGAUACAAGUCGUAUAACAUGUCAUACCAAACGAGUUGGCGGUGCAUUCGGUGGAAAAGAAUCGCGAGCAAUUGUAUUUUGUUUGGCAGCGGCAGUUGCAGCUGUGAAAGUUGAUCGUCCUGUUCGUCUUCAUCUUGACCGUCAUACCGAUAUAGCAGUAACAGGACAUCGGCAUCCGUUUAAAAUCAAAUAUCAAGUCGGUUUUAAUCAUGACGGGCAAAUUCAAGGUCUAGAUAUUCAAAUGUGGAACGAUGCUGGUUGUACACUCGAUGCUUCGUCAUAUGUUCUUCAAUUGGCAAUGCUUCAUAUGGGCAAUACAUAUCAAAUUCCGAAUAUGCGCAUACGCGGUCGUACUUGUAAGACUCAUUUGCCAUCAAAUACGGCGUUUCGUGGUUUUGGCGGCCCACAAGCUAUGCUAGCUUGUGAGAAUAUUAUUGAGCAUAUUUCGUUUUAUCUUCAACGUGAUCCAUUGACCAUUCGCCGUCAAAAUUUGUUUUGUGAAGGUGAUCAAACACAUUAUGGGCAAUGCUUAGAGUUAUGGAAUGUUCCACGUAUUAUCGAUGAAUUACUUGAAACUAGUGGUUACGAUGAAAGACGGCAUCUUGUGGAUGAAUUCAAUCGUGUGAACAUCUAUCGAAAACGCGGAAUCAGUUUAGUUCCCGUGAAAUUCGGCAUAGGUUUUACCGUUAAUUACCUCAAUCAAGGCGGUGCUCUAGUUCAUAUUUACAAAGACGGUUCAGUCGUCAUUAGUCAAGGAGGUAUAGAAAUCGGUCAAGGAUUAUAUACGAAAAUGAUCGCAAUUGCUGCUGAAGUCUUACGUUGUGACGUUAAGCGGGUGAGAAUCAGUGAAACAUCAACUGAUAAGGUACAUAAUAUCAGCCCGACAGGUGGAUCUAUCACAGCGGAUAUUAAUGGAAUGGCAGUGAAAGAUGCUUGUGAACAAUUGCGACAACGACUGGACGCGUUAAUAACAAAAGAGAAUAACGAUAUUUCUUGGGAAGAUUUGAUUCAAAAGGCAUAUUAUGCACGAGUCGAUCUAUGUGGACGAGGCUUUUACGUGAUGCCGAACAUGUUCGAUAUGGAUUUUAGCAAAAACAAAGCAACUUAUAAUUAUUUUACACAAGGUGCUGCUGUAACAGAAGUAGAAUUGGAUGUUUUAACUGGUGAUUGGCAUAUUCUACGUGUUGAUAUUCUUAUGGACGUUGGUACAUCACUAAAUCCUCAAAUAGAUAUCGGACAAAUCGAAGGUGGAUUUAUGCAAGGUGUGGGUUUAUACACUAUGGAAGAACUUCAAUGGGGUGAUGAAAAGCAACAUGGAUGGAUUUCGCCAGGACAAUUGUAUACUCUUGGACCUGAUACUUAUAAAAUUCCAUCAUUUAGCGAUGUUCCGAUCGAUUUUCGUGUUUCACUAUUAUCGAACUCAUCGAAUCCACGCGCUGUAUUUUCCUCAAAAGGUAUUGGCGAACCGCCUCUUCUAUUGGGUACAUCGGCUUUCUUCGCUCUUAAGCAAGCUUGUACUGCUUAUCGAAAGCAACAAGGAUUGGACGACUAUUUUACUCUGCAUUCUCCUGCUUCUGUCGAACGACUCCGAAUAGCUUGUGCCGAUGAAUUCACUCGUCGAGCAUGCAACGACCAAUCGCACGAAACCUUUCAACCAAAAGCACACUUAACAGAACACCAUCAGAAGUUAAGUGCAGAAUUGAAUUCAAUCAUUAAUGAUUACGAUCAAUUCAAACAAACUAUUAAUGAAAAACAACCGAAUUUAGAUUUGAUCAAGCAAAUUGAUCAAUGGGAACAAAAGUCAGUUGCAUUAAUCAAGGAAACAGCUGAUGAGUGUCGGAAUAAAGUUGUCCAAGAAACAAAAUUAUUUAUUAAGGAGAUUGAAAAGAAAUUCGAUAAAUUAAUUCAACACAUCAAGGAUAUUCGUAAAGAAAAUGAUUUUAAUGAAAGUAAUUUGAAUUAUUUGCGAGAUAAAUUAAAAGAAACGACGAGAGAAUUCAAUAAUUCGAUUAACAUUACUCUCGAACAAGAUACUUCGCAAUCAUUUAUUAGAAAGAUUUCAAUUAAAAUGAGCAAUGCUACUGAUUCACAUGGUUCUUCAUCAUCUCCUGUGAUUUAUAAUUCUCAUUGGAGUGAGGUCUGGUUGGAUCUUCAGUUUCAUGAUAACUCUAAAACAAUCAAGAAACCCGAUGAGUUGGGACCAAUGAGUGAACCACCAGGUUCAAUAGAUGAACAGAUUCUCAAUCGGAUUCAAGGUUCUAUGAUUGGAUUGGCAUUGGGUGAUGCUCUUGGUGCACAUGUUGAAUUCCGCCCUCACGAUUAUUUAGUUGCACAUCCGGUAACAGACCUUCAACGAGGUGGAACUUGGGGUCUUGAGAAAGGACAGUUCACCGAUGACACUUCAAUGGCACUUUGCUUGGCAAAUUCUUUGAUUGUUAACCGUGGUUUCAAUGCUUACGAUCAAUUAGUUCGGUACAAAUGGUGGUAUAAAUAUGGAUACAUGUCGUCAACUGGACAAUGUUUUGAUAUUGGAGCAGCUACGAUACAGUCGAUAGAUGAAUUUAACUGCAGACAAAACAAGCUUAGCAAAGAAAAAAAUAUUCCAAAGGAAAAAAUUGAUUACCUUUCUGAUCCUGAAUUGUUAGAUAGCUUCCCGGUGUAUUGCAGCGAAGAAGGCCUAGCAGACAACGGGGCUCUUAUGCGCCUGGCGCCAGUACCACUCUUUUUCUAUAGAGAUCCUAAAGCGGCCGUUGAGUUUUCUGGUUUUAGCGGACAAAUAACGCACGGAGAUACGAAAGCGUAUGAUGCAUGCCGAUAUUAUGGAGCAUUGAUCGUUGCUGCUCUUCAGGGCAAAAGCAAAGAUGAACUAUUACACAAUAACUUCUAUGAAAACCAUAAGCCCUGGUUUAGUGGGAAAGAUCUUCAUCUGGAUAUAAAAUCAAUUGCUGAAGGAUCGUAUAAAAAUAAAAAAGGUUAUGACGGUGGUAUUCGAGGCAAAAAAUAUAUAGUCAGUGCGCUCGAAGCGGCAUUGUGGGCGUUUUGGUCCACUAAGAAUUUUGAAGAUGGUGCGCUUGCUGCUGUUAAUCUUGGUGACGAUACUGAUACAACAGCAGCGAUCUAUGGUCAAUUAGCUGGCGCUCACUAUGGAUACGACUUAUUGCCCAGAAAAUGGACUAGACACGUCUACGCUGAAGGCUUUAUGAAAAUGUUAAGUAAAUGGAUUGCGUACGAAGGAGAAUGUUGGACAAAAUAA